CCAGAUCACUGUGCUUCUCUCUCUCAGUCAGAUCUUUGUUUUGCUCAAGUUGAAAAAUAAAUAAAAUAAAGCUUUUGCUUGCACAGGAACAAGGAGAGAAAACCCAAAUCCAAAAUUCAGGCCUUCUCAUCCUCCUUUUCAUUAUUUUUUUUUUCACCUUCCACAAGCUUUGGAUGUGAUUUAGCAAACCAAACAAAAGUUUCCUCACUGCCCAUUUCUCUUUACUACCCAACACUCCAUUUCAUGUUGCAGCUUCUUCAUCUGUUUGCUCCUUUUUUAUGCUUUUCUCUUUCCCAUCUCUCUUGUCUCUCUUUGAUUUGACCCAUGAGAAUAAAUGGCUUGCCCAUGUAAUCUAUGCUUGGUUGGCAAUGCAGUGGAUGAAUGGUGUUUUUUUUUCCUAGACAAAUGAGGGAAAGUGAAAGAAAAUAAGCGAGACCCAAGUCAUCUUUUUUCCUGAGCUUUUUUCCUUUUUGUUCUUACCCAAAUUAUAUAUUUUUGUCCUGGGUCGCUGCUGCUGCAGCGUUAAGGCUAACAAUGAGGAAGCAUGGAUGGCAACUUCCUUACCACCCACUUCAGGUGGUGGCUGUUGCUGUAUUUCUUGCGCUGGGGUUUGCUUUUUAUGUGUUCUUUGCUCCUUUUGUUGGGAAGAAGAUUUUUCAAUAUAUUAUAAUGGGAAUCUACACUCCUCUGAUUACAUGUGUCUUUGGCCUAUACAUUUGGUGUGCAGCAGCUGAUCCUGCAGACCCAGGAGUUUUCAGGUCGAAAAAGUAUCUCAACAUUCCGCAUGAUAGAAAGCAUGCUCAACAAAAGGAUUCUAAGCUAGGUGUAGGCGGGGAGUCAGUUUCAUCGAUGCAUGAUGCAACUGCUUCUACAGUUGGGGGUAAAUCUGUAAGUAAGGGAUCAGAGAUCGCAGAUGCAACUUUGAAAGACCCUAAUGCUGAUUUUGAGCAGAAGCAUGCAAUGUUGGGACAUUCAUCUUGCCUCCGGUGGGCUUUCUUUCCUUGUGCUCUUAUCUGCAAUUUCUGCAGUUCAAGUGAUGACUCUUCAUCACAACAGAUGAGUGAAGAUGGGAUGUUCUAUUGCAGUUUAUGUGAGGUUGAGGUUUUCAAGUACAGCAAGCACUGUAGAGUUUGUGACAAAUGUGUGGACCGUUUUGAUCAUCACUGCAGGUGGCUUAACAACUGUAUAGGCAGGCGGAAUUACAGACAGUUUUUCACCCUAAUGGUUUCUGCUCUCCUCUUGCUUAUUCUACAAUGGUUAACUGGAAUCCUAGUACUCAUAUGCUGUUUUCUUGAGCGGAAACGGUUCUCUGUGGAAAUCUCCUCCAAAUUAGGAAGCAGUUUCUCUCUGGUCCCCUUUGUUAUUGUUGUGGCAGUGUGCACCAUUUUGGCUAUGCUUGCUACCCUACCUCUUGCUCAGCUUUUCUUCUUUCAUAUCCUCCUGAUUAAAAAGGGAAUCAGUACGUAUGAUUACAUUAUAGCUUUAAGGGAGCAGGAGCAAGAGCAACAAGGAGUUGGAGGCCAGCAGAGUCCCCAGAUGUCUCCUGCCAGUUCACUCACUGGAUUAAGCAGUGCAAGCUCAUUUUCUACUUUCCACCGAGGUGCAUGGUGCACACCACCUCGGCUGUUCCUGGAAGAUCAGUUUGAUGUUGUUCCUCCAGAGACUGGAUCCGUCAGUUCCUUGGGAAAAAAGACAGUGGGAGAGGAGCCAAUCAGGAAAAAGAACCCAGCAGCAGUAAAAAUCAGCCCAUGGACAUUGGCCCGAUUAAAUGCUGAAGAGGUUUCGAAGGCUGCAGCAGAGGCAAGAAAAAAAUCCAAAAUCCUGCAGCCUGUGAUGAGACGGGAAGCGCCUUUUGGACUAGGAGAGAGUAGCUUUGGUAGCAGUGGCCAUCGGAUGGUCCCAAGGCCUGACAAUAAUAGAAGGAGAGUUAACAAGAGAGUACGCCUGCCAGCUGACCUGCCUAUGGAGCUUGUAACUAAAGUUUCAGGUAUGGCUGCUGAGAAAGGUUUCACCGAGACAUGUACAAGUUUGGCUCCUCUUCAGCUUGAGGCAAGAAGUGCUUUCCAAACCAGCAGAGCAAUGUCAAGCUCAGCAGGGAUUGUUGCUUCUUCUCCAGAAAGCAGUUUAGAUUCGCCGGAUAUCCACCCAUUCCGCAUUUCCUCAUCUGGAGCUGAGGAGUCUAGGAGGCUCACAGGUCUAUCAGUUGCAGCUGCUGCUUCUCUCGGUGGAAUCCCACUGUCAAGGUCUGCUAGUGAUGGAUAUGAAGCAUCUGGUGGGGAAGAUAGUGACAGGGUUCCUUCCAGGAUUGUCCAAAGGUCUACAAACUGGAGUAACUUUCUCUUCCGUGCGGAUCAGGAUGAGAGUGUUCUUAGAUUGAAAGCAUCAUCUUCAUCUAGCCAGGCUAACAGUAGAAAGCUUUAAGUGUGAGUCAAUGAUGAAGAAAGAAUUUGGUUCAUUUUGAUUUCAUCAAGGGAGAGAGCUCAACAUUCUUUCAUUUUUGGGCCAAAAUGUUUCAAGGAUUAAACCAACUGGCCAUUCACGUUGCAUAUUGAUUUGCGCAAUUUAAGUUUGGAAUGUGGAAUCUGGGCUUUCAUAAGCAGGACAUGAAAAUGCUGUAAAGAGGUUCAAGUAUUUGUGUUUUUUCUUCUAGCCCGCAGCAGCAUGAGGUUUCAUUGCAGCCAUUAGGGACUUGACAAGGUGACAAAUUCGUUAUGUUGUUUGUUUUUAUCUAAAUUGUAAUCUCUUGCUGGGCUUUUGUUAGAAUGGAUUCUUGUAGGCGGCUUUGUAUUCACUAUUUUACACCCUCUGAAAAAAGCUUACCCAUUUUAAUUUUA